AUGGACCAAACUAUGGAUGUGGGUCCGGUUAGCCCCAAAGAUUUGACCAAUCUUGAAAGAUAUGUCAAAGUGAUCUUCUAUGAUGACGAUCGCGAUUUUAUUGUUUUCGAGUCGGAUAUUAAACUAUGUGAUAACAUGCCAAUCCCUGGUCCGAUUGUCGGAGGCCGCCGUUAUGCUAUGCUGGGUUUCGCAGAAAUCAAGCAACAGAAAAGAGACAACGAACAUAUUGAUCCGUGCUAUGCAAGCGGAAUUAUCAUUUCUUCCCAGCCUAAUUCGACGGGUCAUAUUUGCGGUAGUUUCGGAGGAGUAGCUGGACUGAGUGGUGGCCCUGUUUUCGAUUUGUCUUGCAAUCACCUUAUUGGCAUUUGCGUUUCGACGGACGAUUUGGAUGACCGCGAGACGUCGUUUGGUCGUUUUUCCUCUGAUAUGAUUAAUUAUUGCAAAGAAAUUACAAUCGUUCGAAUCAUGCCGGUUGAAGUCGCUGCUGUCCUGCUGCAUUCUGCUAUUAAACGCGAAAAGCAGUUGAAGCGACGUUUG